AUGGUUGAGCUUAUCGACGUCAAAAUCAUCAAAUAUGCACAAUUUACAUCACUCUUCGCUUUACAAAUAAACGCCGAUCAUAAAUGGAAAUUUUUAGUAUCGCAAGUAGAUGAGUGUGAUGACGAUAAUAAUGUUGAUGUUGCUUCUGGCGAUUUCCUUCAAGAACAACUGUUCUCAUGA